AUGAAUGGCUAUCCAUAUCCCACCCGGCCCUUCAACCCGGCCAACAAUGCAAACAUGAUGAUGAACAUGAAUGGGGACGCCAUGAGUGGCUUCAACAUGGCCGAGGGCCAGUCGCUGGAUUCGAUGGUCGCGCAGAACGACAAGGACAACCGCCGCCGAAGCAUGCCCGUCUACACUAGAGGGCCGCAACAACAGCAGCAGCAGCAACAACGGAUGAAUAUGGGCAGCCCGGACACGCGCAGGUUAAGCAUGAUGAAUUUUGGAGAUCCCAAUGGCGGAAAUAUGGACGACUUUCAAUUCGACAUGUCUACCGCUGCCAUGGACAGCAUGAUGCGCAACAACGCCGCCUUCCCGCGAACGACUGCCGACAUGCAGGGCGACCAACUACCUGCUGCGGAUCUCGACAUCAAUACCCAGUUCCAAGGUCAGGCCUCUCCAUUCCCAAACAUGGCCGCUCCUGGCUCUGCAUAUGCCUCGCCCAUGCACCAGAAAAACUCCCUCGACUUGGACAUGGGAUCAUAUCAGAAUGGCAUGACCAUGCCCCUAGACAUGGACGACUCGCUCAAUAUGAUGCCAACCGAUAUGAACAUGUUCCCCGGCAACCAGUUUAAUACUCCCAUGCUGGAUUCUCCCAUCAAUCAGGACUUUGUUGGGCCUUUGCCCGCUGCUGCCCAAGGAAACAACACGCCGACAGGACAAGCUCAAGACCAGUUUAAGCGGCCUUCACUGAGUAAUACACCUGAAGUCAAAUCAGGCAGAUCCAGCUUCCUCAGUCGUACCACUAGCCAGGACCAGUCCAGCAUGCGGUCCAGUUCCCGGCCCCAGAGUGAACACCACUCCUCCAACAGUGUCCCGACACGCAUGACUCUGGCCUCGCUACAAAAUCAGCAACCUAUCGGACAAGAUCCUGCACAGGACCUGCCCAAAGAGGUCAUGAACAAGCAACUGCAAGAUUUCAAAAUCCCAUGGUCGAAGCCUGCAGGCGGGUUUCCGUCAACGAUGCAUCACAAUCCUCACAUGAAGACGCAGUUCAAGAAUGCUUACUCGGCGACAGGGUUUGAUAUGCUCGGAGUACUGAUGCGCGUGGCUACCAGACCUGACCCCCAGAUCGACAUCGGCUCUGUUGAUCUUUCGUGCGCCUUCGUCGUAUGUGAUGCUGAGCUAGAUGAUAUUCCUAUUGUUUACUGCUCAGAGAACUUCGAGCGACUCACCGGUUACACAAGACAUAUGAUUCUCGGACGAAAUUGUCGCUUCUUGCAGGCACCCGACGGAAAGGUCGAGUCCGGAAUCAAGCGAAACUAUGUUGACGACGAUUCAGUCUACUAUCUCAAGAACAUGAUCGAGAGUCGUGCAGAAGCGCAAAUCAGCCUGAUCAAUUACAGACGAGGCGGGCAACCCUUCAUGAACCUUCUGACCAUGAUUCCUAUUGCUUGGGAACCUGGCGGCAAGAUGAAGUUUUUCGUCGGUUUCCAGGUUGACCUCGUAGAGCAGCCUGGAGCCAUGACGAACAAGAACUCAGAUGGUUCUUACCGAGUCAACUACCAGCGCGGAAUGUCGAUACCGAGUUACGUCUUCAGCGAUCAUCACAAGCCACAACAAGCCGAACAAGGCCAGACCAUCUCCAAAGAUGAGGUGUCCAACGUACUCGCUGCGUACAGCGGAACUGGCGACUCUGAGAUGACAAGACGUAUCUGGGACAAAGUCCUGCUUGAGAACAGUGACGAUGUUGUUCAUGUCUUAUCACUGAAGGGGCUCUUCUUAUAUCUGUCACCGGCCAGUAACAGGAUACUAGAAUAUGACCCCAGCGAGCUUGUUGGAACAGCGCUAUCGUCCGUCUGCCACCCUAGCGACAUCGUCCCCGUAACAAGAGAACUGAAGGAGACUACAAAUGGCGCAUCAGUCAAUGUUGUGUUCAGGAUACGGCGGAAGAAGAGUGGCUACAUGUGGUUUGAAGGCCAUGGCUCUCUUCAUACCGAGCAAGGCAAGGGCCGGAAAUGUAUUAUCCUUGUGGGCCGCGAACGCCCGGUCUACACCUUGAGCAAGGCCAUCGUACGCGAGUCUGGCGGUGUCGGCGAUAACGAGCUGUGGACGAAGAUGUCUACAUCGGGCAUGUUCCUCUAUGUCUCGUCAAACGUGCGCCAGUUGCUUGAUAAGCAACCUGAAGACCUGGUCGGUACCAGUAUACAGUCUCUCAUGCGCCAGGAGUCCAAGAUUAACUUCGGCCGCAUACUAGAGUUGGCUAGAGGAGGCAGGAAAGGCGAGGUCAAGCAUGAAAUGAUUAACAAGCGCGGCCAGGUUCUACAGGCAUUUACAACAAUAUACCCCGGAGACGCAACCGAGGGCCAGAAGCCCACCUUCGUCGUUGGUCAAACACGACUCCUCAAGUACUCGCGGAAUAGCAAUGCCGGCCGCCCGUCCAUGUAUACAAAUACCAAGCAUGAGCGCGACUCUCACAACUCUAUCCACACUCAUAUGUCAGGAGCAGCAUCACCUGCCGCGGGGUCCUUGACUGGCCACACUGGCUCAAACACGCCAAUGACGUCCAACACGAAUCCUCUCUUCGUCACUACCGAGGAAUCUCCUGCUACAUUUGCUGGACACAAUGGUCUCCAACUCGGACAUCAGGAUCAAAGUCUGGCCUCCGAUGACAACGUAUUUGACGAACUAAAGACGACGCGAAGCACAAGCUGGCAAUACGAACUACGACAAAUGGAGAAGCGGAACAGAUACCUAGCAGAAGAAGUCCAAACCCUGUUGGCAGCCAAAAAGAAGCGGAAGCGCAGGAAGGGUGCCGGCCAGAUGCAGAAAGACUGUGCAAACUGUCACACGCGAACAACUCCCGAAUGGCGGAGAGGCCCUUCAGGGAACCGGGACCUCUGUAAUUCGUGCGGAUUGCGGUGGGCCAAGCAGCAAGGACGAGUAUCACCUAGAACAUCCUCCGCCGCAAGUGAUAAGAGCAAGAAGAGCGCUUCACCGCGCCACUUCGCUACGAGCCAGCAGAACCACCAGACUAUCCUGCCUCAUUCUAUGCCCGAGACCGGACAACAAUCCUCCAUCCUUUCGGCAAUGGCUCCAUCCACUAAACGAUCGCCCCAGCAAGGCAGCAUCAGCGAGUCUCAUGCUACAAAAGCAGCGCGUACGGAAGUUGCGGCUUCACAAGGUUUCAUUCCCCCACCGGCGAUUGAUGAAUUGACGGAGCCGGAAUCAUGA